UCAGUUUAGUCCUACACACAACAUUCUUCAAUCUUCUUUUGUGCUCUAAUCUCUCUGAAUCAGUUCCAAUGGAGACUCCAUCAUCCACAGCAAGAAGAAUCACCAGAUCUCAAACCGCCUCCAACAAUAUCCCUCUUUCAAGAAAAAAGCCUGAGGAAUCUGAAAAGAGCGGUUCGAAAACGAGGCAAAGAAACAACAUGCAACAGCAGCAGGAUCGGUGUGCGCUUAUUGACAUAUCGAACGAUUCACCGAUCGUGGGGCUUGCAAACGGCAACGAUCUCGAAACGCCGUUGUCGUCUAUGGCGAAGCAGCGGAGGGUGAAGCAAACGCCGGGUUCCGGCGAAGCCUUGCUGAGGGGUCAGGUUAAGACCCUUUUGCAGAAAGUUGAAGAAGAAGCUGUGGUUUCGAAAUUCUCAAAGGAAGUUCCUUCCUUUCUCAAACUUGUUAAUUCCCCAAUGUCACUUCUUGCACCCACUCCUGCGAACACUCCCCAAAUCGCUAAUCUUUCUGCUUCCGAUGAAACUGCUUUACCUUCUGCUGUCGUUGAAGAACAAUUGAUCCAGAGGGUGGUGGAUGAAAUAUUUGAGGGAAAGAACAAUGAGAAGGCUGAAUCUGAGAAGAGUGUGAUAACGAGGUCGCUGCUGUUGGAUUUCUCGGACAAAUCCGAGGUUUCAGAAUGCUCUUCUGAGGUGACUUAUCAGGAAGUGUCACAAGGAAGUGGUGGAGGUGGGUCCACCACGGAAGAUGAUGGUGCUUCUAUUUGGUCCAUUCAGGUGAAUGCAAGCACACAUGAUGAGGAUGAGGAUGAUGAGAAAAUGGGUGAGGAGGAAGAGGAGUAUUAUGAUGAGGAUGCUGAAGAUGAGGAGUUCUGUGAUGAUGGUGAUGGAGGGUUGUUGAUUGAUGAAUUGUGUGCUGGGUUGAACAACAUUAGUGUGAAUGAGAAGGGCUGUGGGAAGCACACGAGGUUUGUUUACGACAGUGAUGACGAGCUUGUGGAGAAAGUGGAAGUAGAAUCGUCUAAUGUGAUUUGUUUGAAGGGGUUGCCAACACCCAAAGGAAAGCACCUUCGCUUUCCUGAGGAGGAAGAAGAUUCUGAUAUGUGAUUUUUGGUUGAUGCUGUGAUUGUGUAUUGGUUGGUUGAUUCACCUUUGUUGACACCACUGCUUUGGUGGUUGGGAAUCGUUUUGUUACUGGAUCUUGUUCGGGGGAUUCAUUGAGGCUUUUUAUUUUUUUGUGAUUGGAAGCUAAUGCUGCUCCAAUAAAAUUGGUAUUUUUCAUUAUCAAUAAAAAUUUCUGGUUUAAUUUGCUGCGCA